AUGCCUGCACCGCUUGUGGCUCGGAAGGGUGCUCAGCACGGGUCAGGAAAACCCGGCGGGCGAGGUUCGGAGAAACACCGAGGCGACGUGACCCCGUCAGCGUCGGCGCAAGGCUCGGGGUUUAAGAAGAAAGCUGGAAGUUUGGAGCAGCCGCAUUCAGGCAAGCACCUCCCAGCCAAUGGUAGGAAGCCAUCUGGACACGAAGCCAAGGCUGGAAGCUCAUCAGCACCUCCGAACGGUUACAUCCGAGACACCGACUCGCUCGAAAAGGCCGUCCCUAGUCACAGCCACCGUUACAGUCACGACGGCGUGAGCGAUGCUGGUCAGACUCGCGUGAGGUCCGGCAUCGACGCGCUGUACGCGGGAGGCGAGGGCCUCCCCCGGCGCAUCAACUUCCUCCCCGCGCGCCACGCCGACGCGCACUCCGCGCUCCCCGUGGACCUCAAGCCGCUGAAUGCGGCCGAUCCGAGCCGCGAGCCACGUGGCAGGCAGCCAGUGGUCGGAUCGGAGGGCGGUGACCGGGUUGAGGGGAAGAAGGGGAGGAGGAAGGAAGAGAAGGAGCGGCGCGAGUCGAGUGAGAAAGAGCGGGAUGGACUGGAGGGGCGGCUGGAUCGGUCAGACGUGGCGCUGGAAUGGCGGCAAAUACGGCCCAUUGGAGCGGGGCUGAGCAACCUGGGCAACACGUGUUUCAUGAACUCCGUCCUGCAGUGCCUCACGUACACGCCGCCCCUCGCCAACUACCUCUCGCAGUCGCCCCACUCCGCCACCUGCAGGGUGGCGGGGUGGUGUGCGCUGUGUGAGAUGGAGACGCAUGUGCCGAGGGCGGUGGGGGCCACGGGCAAGGUGGUGUCACCCACCGGCUUCGUGCGCAACGUCAAAAGUGUGGCGCGGUCGUUCAAAGCAGGGAGGCAGGAGGACGCACACGAGUACAUGCGCUGCCUGCUAGACGCCCUCCACCGAUGCUGCCUCCCGCCCAAACGAGCCUCCGCCUCAGGCUCGGGCGCUGACCCUGCCUUUGCGCCGAGGCUGAUGAACACGUUCGUGCACCGGACGUUCGGGGGGUAUCUGUGCAGCCAGGUGCAGUGCACUGUGUGCGGGUACUGCUCCCGAACCUACGACCCGUUCCUGGACCUCAGCCUUGAGAUUGUCCGAGCCGACUCGGUGACCAAGGCUCUGCAUCGGUUCACAUCGGAAGAGGCUUUGGAUGGGGCGAACAAGUACAAGUGCAGCAAGUGCAGGAAGAAGGUGCGUGCACUCAAGAGCUUCGCAGUGGAGGAGGCACCCCCCGUGCUGACAGUGCACCUGAAGCGCUUUGCUGCUCUCACAGGGCGCAAGCUGGACAAGCACGUGGCGUUCCCGCCCUCCCUCGACCUCUCGCCCUUCAUGACCUCCUCCCGCUCCUCCUCCUCUCCCUCCUCUGCCGAUGCUGCUGGUGCGAGUGCGAGCGGUGGUGCCGGUAGCAGCAGCAGAGGCAGCAGCGGCAGUGGCGGCAGCAGCAGGGGGGGUGGGGGUGAGGGUAAGGGGGGCAAGUACAGUCUGUACGGGGUGUUGGUGCAUGCGGGGUGGUCCACCAACUCGGGGCACUACUACUGCUACGUGCGAGGGCCGUCGGGGACAUGGAGUGCCAUGGAUGAUGCGAGGGUGCAGCAGGUGAGCGAGAAGACCGUGCUGCAGCAACCGGCUGGUGGUGAAGCGGAUCUGAAAAGGAAGGGCAAGGCAGCAGCACCGCAUGUAGAGGCGUUCAUGCACGUGCAGGCACAGGGUGAGGCGCAGGAAAAGGAACAAGCACAGGCACAAGGAGUAUCGCAGGAGCGGUUGCAGGAAAGUGCAGGCAGAAAAGCGGGCAAGGACAGGGCGGGAGCAGCACAGGGCGAGGGUACAGAAGUGGGCAGCAGCGUUGCACGUGAGGCCAAGGCGAGGGCAGGUGUGAAGGGUGAAGGAAGGGAGGUAGUGAUGAUGGAUGUGAAUGGAGGGCAAGGGGCGGAGGAGGCGUUGGUAGAGGGGGAGAAGUGGGGCGAGAGAGCGGGGCAGGCUGUGCUGGCAGAGGCUUCAAGUGACGAGGAGAGCAGUGAGGAAGGGGAGGAGCAAGGGGAGGAGGACGGGGAGGUGGGGGCGGAUGGUCAGGCAGCUGGUAGUGAUAGCGAUGAUGAGAGUGACGACCCCGAUUGGACGUUGGGUGCUGAGGGCGGAGAAGAUGCGGACAACGAUGCUGAGGGCAGUGCGCGGCAUGUUAGGGGGUCGUCGUGGGCGGCAGCAGUGGGGCAGAUGUUACGACUGCUACCCGGUUCCACCCGGGAGUCGAGAGGAAGCCUGAGGAGCCGAAGCAGCCCUGGCAGGUCGGGAGGAGGGAGUUUCGGCAGCAGCGGGUGGGGCAGGAGCAGCGGCAGCGUGGGCAGUGUUGUGGGCAGCAGCAGGGAGAGGAUGCUAAGGCUCAUGUCUCCCCUCGUGCCGCUGCCUUUUUUGGGGGGAAGGGGAGAGGCGGGGCGUGUGAUCAGGGAGAGGGGACGGCGGAAAGAGGAGGUUUUUCCGUUGGGAGGGGUCCGGGGGCGGAAGAGGAGGAGAGGGAGUAUGGAGGGGUGGGGCCGUGGUGUGGGCUGGGAGGGGAGUGGAGGGAUGCGGGUGGGAGUGGAAGAGGAGGGAGGAGGGGUGAGGAAGGAAGGGGAGAGAGGAGGGAUGGGAGUGGAGGAGGAGAACGGGGAGAGUGGAAGAAGGGUGGGCAAGGGAGAAGAGGCGAGGGUGGUGGAGAGAGGAGAGGGGAAGGAGGAGGUGAGGAGAAAGCGGCAAGAGGGGGAUGCGCUACAAGUGAUGGACGGGAUAGGAAUGGAGGAGGGCGAGGUGGAUUCAGAGGAGGAGGAGGAGGAAGGGGAGGCGAUGAUGUUGGCAGGGCCGGGGAUAGCGGUCCAUCGAGUGGGGUCGUCAGACGAUGACUCGGAGGGGUGGAGCAGUGGGAGCGAGAGCGAUGGGGAAGACGAGGGGGAGAAAGGAGGAGAAAAGGACGAGGGAGAACAGGAGGAGGAGAGCGAGGGAGGAAAGGGUGAACCGGGGAACGGGCAGGGGAAUGGUGGCGGCAGCGGGAGCAGGGUGGUGACGUAUGGGGGGUCGGACGCGGUGUGGAUGAUGAGGGAGGGCGCACAGGAGGCGACUGUGGGGGCAGGCGCGCUAACGGGCUCCCAGUGGGGCGACGAUGAAGGCAUGGCGGUGAACGGCGCCCACCAUCUGUCCGAGAGGCGACCGGCCAGCAAGUACAGAUACGAUGAGUGGGACGAGGAGCUGGACAGGGGGCGCGUGAAGAAGGUGAAGCGCAGAGCAGAUGGUGACGCACCCGACCCCAUGGCAGCCCCCAACCCCUUCCAGGCCCUUGCUGCUGCGCCUGCUGGUGGUGGUGGUGGUGGUGGUGGUGGUGGGGGUGGUGGUGGUGGAGGUGGGGAGGGAGUGAGGGAGGCGCAUGGGAAGAGGCCGGGGAGGUGGAUGGGGAGGGACAAGGGCAAGCAUGACAGCAACCGGCAUGUGGCAAAGCUCAAGGGAAAGAAGGCCGGGCCUAGAUG